AUGUGCCAGCGCCGCUAUGUGGAUGACAUUCUGAAGCGCUUUGGGAUGGAAGACUGCAAGGCUGCAAUAAGCCCAGCUGAUGUGAGCACUCGACUGACUCGAAGCAAUGCAUUAACCAAGGUAAGCGCUCCAUUUCGAGAAGCUGUGGGGGGCGCUCAUGCAUCUGACGACCGCAACACGCCCAGACAUAGCUUUUGCUGUGAGAUGAGCGCACCGAUCAGUUGGGGCAGCAAGAAGCAGUCAAGUGUGUCGCUUUCAACGAGCAAAGCUGAGUACAUUGCACUCAGCUUAGCGAUCCAAGAAGGCAAGUGGGUUCACCGACUGCUGAUCAAAAUUCUAUCAGCGUCAAAUAAUUCGGCUCCUGGACUUAAGAUUCUCGAAGACAACCAGUCCUGCAUCAAGAUGACAAAGAAUCCCGUCAACCAUGGUCGUGCAAAACACAUCGACAUCAAGUACCAUCACAUCCGUGAUGAAGUCAAGCGUGGUGAAGUGGAGCUUGAGCAUUGUGAGACUUCCAUCAUGCUUGCGGACAUCUUGACGAAGGCACUUCCGGGACCUCGUCACAAGGACUUAACGGCUGCACUCGGUAUUCAUGCGAGUUCGCAUUGA